CUGAUCCCAAGGUAAGCCCAGUUCAUCCAGCGCUCAUUGCACCGUGGGGACACAGAACUCCUUCCCUUCUUGAAGCAGCUUCUGCACUUGGAGAAUGUGCCCCGAAGGGGAGGAACGCCAACUGCACCUCCGCAGCCCCUUCAAGGCCACCAUCUCCUUCCUACUCCUCUGGCUGAGCCCGGCCAAAGCCUUCUGGACGACCCUCUGAUCUGCGAUCCCAUUUUCUGGAAUAUAUCCUGGGAGCCAUUAAGAGGUGUCCCCAGGGCGGUUUGCAGGGACAAAACGGCCAUGGCCAAGCGUCCCGCUAGGGGCUUGCGCAGCUAGCGGUGGGCCGGCCCUUCGGGGACUCCAGGGCUGUCCAAGGCUGCGAAGGGGACCCUGCCCGGAUCUGAAAGGACCGCAGCAGCUCGGCGGCGGGACAGUGGGACUUCCCGUUUGUCUUCCGCAGGAGCAGCUAGAAACGCUGGAGAAACUCUGGGAGGUGCGCCCCGGACGGCGGCAAGGGGGGCCCGCGGGUCCCGGGAGCCCGCGCGCGAGGGGCGGGGCCGUGACGUCGUCAGCGGGCGCCGCGCGCCGGGCCGGAGCCGGAAGGGCUGUAGCCGCGGCGCGGAGCCACGUGUAGCGCCUCCGGGAGUCUCAACCCGAGGAACGUCGCCGGUCCCUGGCACUUGCCAGACAGCAACCAUGAGCUUUGUGGCGUACGAGGAGCUGAUCAAAGAGGGUGACACAGCCAUCCUGUCGCUGGGCCAUGGUGCAAUGGUGGCCGUACGUGUACAGCGUGGGGCCCAGACCCAGACCCGGCACGGCGUCCUGCGACACUCGGUAGACCUCAUUGGCCGCCCGUUUGGCUCCAAGGUGACCUGCGGCCGUGGUGGCUGGGUGUAUGUGCUGCACCCGACGCCCGAGCUCUGGACGCUGAACCUGCCGCACCGGACGCAGAUCCUCUACUCCACUGACAUCGCCCUGCUCACCAUGAUGCUGGAGCUUCGGCCUGGCUCUGUGGUCUGUGAGUCCGGCACCGGCAGCGGCUCUGUGUCCCACGCCAUCAUCCGCACCAUUGCACCCACGGGCCACCUGCACACGGUGGAGUUCCACCAGCAGCGGGCGGAGAAGGCUCGGGAGGAGUUCCAGGAGCACCGCGUGGGCCGGUGGGUGACCGUACGCAACCAGGACGUGUGUCGCAGCGGCUUUGGCGUGAGCCACGUGGCGGACGCUGUCUUCCUGGACAUCCCCUCACCGUGGGAGGCCGUGGGCCACGCCUGGGAUGCUCUCAAGGUUGAAGGUGGGCGCUUCUGCUCCUUCUCGCCGUGCAUUGAGCAGGUGCAGCGCACGUGCCAGGCGCUGGUGGCCCGCGGCUUCUCGGAGCUGAGCACCCUGGAGGUGCUGCCCCAGGUCUAUCAUGUGCGCACCGUCAGCCUGCCCGCGCCCGACCUGGGCGCCAGCCCGGGCCCCGACGCCCGCCCCUUCCGCAGCGGCACGCCCAUGAAGGAGGCCGUGGGCCACACCGGGUACCUGACCUUCGCCACCAAGACCCUGGGCUAGCGAGCCGCCGGCAGGACUCCGGGAGCUGGGGGCCCUGCGGGGCCAGACAGGGAGGCUCGGCUCGGCCAGAAGAUGCCUUAUAUGGUCAGCGGACGCCUGCCGGGCCGUGUUUAGAAACAGAGGGACCGUGGGCCGGGGCCUGGUGUGUGGCUGAAAGGAGGCUGCCACGGGGGGGGGUGGAGGGGGAAGCAUCCAGUCCCUGGGGAGUCAGACCUCCCUCCCAUGUCACCCCUGCCCUCAGCGUCCCAUCCUGCUGCUGUUUGCUGUCACGUGAAGUGUCCACUGCCGUGGCCUCUUCUGGAUGUGGAGGCCCAAGAGGGCAGGUGGCAGGAGGGUACAGCUCUCACCCCUUUCCCGGGGGCCUCCUACAGCAGGUGGGGAGCAAAGACUCGGAGGAGGGAGAGGGCCUGGGCCUGUGAAGCAGCUGCCCGGCAGGGUUGUGGGCUGGCCUGUCAUCGAUGUUUGAAAGCGGACCCUGCUGUGUGGCCUCAGGCCUGACCUUACUCCACUGGGCACUGCCUGGGCAUGUGGGCUUGUGCCCAGUCCCCCCCACCCCACCCCAGUCUACCCCUGAAAGUGCCUUCUGCUGCCCUGGUCCAGCCAGGGCCCCCGUGUGUCCCUUAGAGAAGAGCUGAGCCAGACGGGAUGUGCUUCCCAUGGUCGGCCAGGCCAGGUCCCAGCCACGCGGUGCCCUGCCUCUCGCAGGAGCCUCGGGCUUGUGCGGGGCGUACAGGACGGAGGAUGGGAGGUCACCGGGUCCCGUGUGUUCAGCCCCACCCCGGCCUCACCAGCAGCCAGGAGCCUCUGUCCCCAUGUUAGGACCAGAGCCCAGGGCACUGCGCUGCAGGAAGCCGGCCCCCAACCAUGCCUGGCAGAGAAAUAAACACUGUCGCCCCUGCCGUGCUGA